AUGGGGGAUGACGAAGGAGUUCAGGAGUACAUUUCUUGGGUUAUUACAAUUACCAAGCAGAUUAAGGCUCUCGGGGACAAGCUUAAGGACCUUGAAGUUGCAGUUGCAAUUGAGGAGUCGAAGGAGAUCUCGAAGCUCACUUUGAACGAUCUCUGUGGUACAAUACAAGCUCACGAGGUGAGAGUGAAUCGUGCAGCGGGGAAGACUGUUGAAAAAGCCCUCCAUGUCAAGAGCGAGCAUCCUAUCACUAAUCAUAGCAAAGGUGGAGGUGCUAGGAGCUCAUGGGGUGAUGGCAGAGGUCACGGGAGGUCGUUUAAAUUUGGGCAUAUGAAAGCUGAAUGCAAAGCAAAAGUGAAGCAACCAGAAAAGGGGGCCAACCUUGCAGAAGAAGAGAACAACGCUGAGAAUCUCUUCAUGGCGAGCAGUUCCACCGGUGAUCAACCCAGCUCAGUUUGGUUGAUUGACUUCAGGUGUUCAAAACACAUGACCGGGAAUAGGUUGCUGUUUAGUAACCUUGAUGAAUCAGUGAAGGUCACUGUGAGGCUCGGAGAUGAUAAAGAAAUGAAGGUGUGUGGAGUAAGGACAAUGAAUGUCAAGACAAAAUCAGGAACUGAGAAGAGGUUGCAUGGAGUUCAGUAUGUGCCGGGACUAGCACAUAACCUUUUGAGUGUGGGGGUAAUUGCUCAUCAAGGGAUACUCAGUGAUGUUUGA